AUAAAAGCGAAGCAUUUGAAUUUAGGGAUCUGGGCGACGGCAAGCUCGGUGGAGGGCGCGACGAGUAAGCGGCAGAGGCAUCGGCUCUCGGCGGCGCUUGCACUGGAUAUGAUGGAUACUGGCAGCAGGCGGCAAUUGCGGAGGUUGAGAGGGAGGGCACAUCGCGCGGAUCGGAGUAUCAAAGCAAACAAAUGGCGGGCACAGUGUUCACUCCCUUACUGGAAGGAAUGAAGAAUGUCAAGUCAGAGAACGGCAUUAUGCUAACAAAGCCUUUCCUUGACGUGUGCAAAUCCGUCCUGCCCAUUCUAGACAAUUUUGGAGCUGCUCUGGCUAUUGUUAAGUCUGAUAUUGGGGGCAAUAUAACAUAUGGUGCAAAUGGAAGUAGAUUCUAAAACAGCUAAAGGUUCUUCAAGCUGUACCAAUGGUCUUCUGUGGCUAACAAGAGCGAUGGAUUUCCAAGUGGAUCUAUUUCGGAACUUGCUUGAUCGUCCAGAAUGGACAAUGACACAAGUCUGCAACGAUUCCUACUCCAAGACCUUAAAGAAAUGGCAUGGCUGGCUCGCCAGUUCUAGCUUUUCGGUUGCUAUCAAACUUAUCCCCGAUAGAAAGAAGUUCAUGGAGCUCAUCGGUGGAUCAGGCAACCUCAAUGCUGACAUAGAGCAAUUCUGUAAAACAUUUGCUCCUCUUCUUGCAGAGAAUCACAAGUUCCUCGCCAGCGUCGGCCUGGACGAUAUGAAGGCUUCCUGAUUGCAACACUUUUUGUUGCUCAUUUUGUUUCAGUUUAUCAACAAUAAAAUUGAAAGAGAGUUUCUAACUAUAAGAAUCACACGUGAUUUUCUGUUGCUAUUUUUUUUAUCACUUUUGCACUGUAAAUGUUGGUUCUAUCUUCUGAAGUAUACCUGUUUAACAUUGCUUGAAUCGUAAGAUUUGUUGCU